GGCAUCAGAGUGUCGCUAACUGGAUCACCCUCAAAGAACUGUGAUGGAAAACGUCUCAACAGGCCUCUCGGUGUUACUUUUGAUGAGGCUCUGGAGCAGUGGCUUGUCGCAGAUACUGGUAAUGAUCGAGUUGUGCUAGCUCCUAGUGGAAUUGUGUUGACCUCAAGCAGGAUGCUAGCACCAUGUGCGGUCGCCGUUCUCGAGCCUGGAUUCUCUUUUGCUGUUCUUACCAAGUAUGACAUACGGAUCAUGUACCACAACAAAAAAGAAUCUGAUGUAGUAAUCACCCAUUCCGGAUCAGCGAGAGGUCUAGCGCUUACACCUCGAAAAAAUUUCUUGAUAUUGGAGAAAAUAAAGGGAUUCUGGAAUAUUUGUAUUUACGAAGGGAAACCAAGAGCUACGCUCGUCAACUCUGCUCCUUACCCAAAUAUUGAGAACGGAUUGCCAUCGUUCCUUGACGUACAUCGUGAUCUUCUUAUAAUUACUGAUCUAGGUGCCCAGUCUUUAGUGCGAUUCUCAAUUGAUGUCAAGACUGAAAAACUGAAGUUUGAAGAAAGUGUUUUCCUUGGAGCAGGCCCCAAAAAUCGUGGGCACAUCGAAAUAAAAUACAUCAGUGGUGUGUUCAUCGAUAAUGACGAAAACGUCCUUGUUGCAGAUGCGAAGGGUCAUUCAUUACAGGUUUUCACGAGCAGGGGGAUAUUUCUUCACGCAAUCAAGGUUGUGAGUGGUGGCCUUCCUUACAUCAGUGGUAUCUGGGUUAAUCGAAACGGCUUCAUUGGAGCCUGUGCACGAGCUGAAACUAAUGGUGGUCUCUAUGUUUAUCGUAUCGUGGUGCCACCACCCACGGAUUAUAAACUUCCAUCCUUGCGAUCUUGA